CACUCAGGAUUGCUGUCAACAUGUCAACCAACAAAAACAAAAUCCUUCUGUAGUCAUUUGGAUAUUGCAAUUUCGAUUAGACGCAGUUUUUUUUAUUCAACAAAACCUCGAAAUUUGAUUUAUUGAUUGAAGUUUUUAAUUAAAACCCAAUUCGUUUCUAUUUAAUUCGAAUAUCUAAAUUUGCUCAGCUAGCUGCGGAAUGUCUGCUGUUAUUGAUCCAAGGAAACGUUCCCGCGAGGAGGAUGUUAAUGAAUUUAUGCCUCUGUCUAAGCGGAUAAACAAUCUACACCUGAAUAAUAACGGAGGGGUUGGAUUUCCUGGAACGGAACAGCAUCACCCAGCUAUCGUGGGUAUGCACAUGCCCAUCCUCGAGGGCCACCAGGCCAAUUUUCCCCAGUGCAGCACCGCGAGCAGCAGUUCCGGAGGAAGUACCUGCCAUUCUAUACCGUCGGGUGGAAGCUCGCCAAGCAAUGGUGGCACCCGGUCGCUGCCAUCCAUCCAUUCAGGACAAGAAACGUUGAUCGUCAAUGGAGAAACUCUGGGCGACUAUUGUCCGGAUCUAAACGAACAUGAAAAUCCUCAUUACUUCAAUCGGAAUAAAGUGCUGUACGACUUGUACGUGGAACGGAUGCGACGGGAACAGUGAAUUUGUUUCAGGAAUAUUUUAAUAUUUGGAGCAGCAUUUUUUCGUUUCCUAAUAUUCCGUCCCUUUGCUAUGAUAGCAAGGGUGACUCAAUUAAGAAUUUCAAACUGUAAACCUAUACCAAACUGUUUGGAAAUGCUGGGACUUGGGCCCGAUGCCCAUGUAGCGUUUUUUCAACGCUGCGUGCACGUGGUAUUGAAAAGACGCUCCGUGGACAUCGGGCCUUGUAGAGCAGAUAUGGUCUCGAAUAUGUCUCGUCGCAGUGAAGAAAAAUGGUUUACUAUUAUACGCUACGUUUAUGUAGGAUUAUGGAAGCUGUAAAAUUAUGCAGUGUUCAGUUGCACCGGAGUUGAUUUCCGACAAAAUUACUGCUAUCUUUAUAUUGGCAAAUAGUUAUUAACAUAUUGACACUAUAUUUAUUAUAAUGGACUGAAUAAAACGAAA